AUGGAUUUUAUCAGAGGACUAGCGGCGGCGAUCGUGGUGGCGGUGCUCGUGGCGACUUUGCCGGCGGAAGCCGGCGACGAAAACCGAGUAUUCUCUCCGUGCUCGGACACGCAGGUGCAGAGAUCCGACGGAUUCUCGUUCGGAAUUGCGUUCGCACCCAAGGAAAAGUUCUUCUACAACAACAACAGCAGUGUUCAGUUGUCACCAUGCGAUACAAGACUCUCGCUCUCCAAUUCGAAUUCUCAGAUCUCUGUGUUCAGACCCAAGGUCGACGAGAUCUCGCUCCUCACUGUCAACUCGUCAUCGUUCACUGCGGACACGUACGGCUAUAUGGUUGCUUUUGCUGGCCGAAAAUAUGCAGCAAGGUCUCCUCCCGCUUUUGUUGCAAACGGAACAUAUACUGUUACCAGUUUUACUCUUAUCCUUGAGUUUAAGAAGGGCAGACUCCAAAAUUUAUAUUGGAAUCGAGAUGGGUGUGCUAAAUGCUCGAGUAAUUCGAAAGCUGUCUGUCUCAAUAAUCAGGAUUGCGCACUGCAAACAUCCAGUUGCAAGAGCCACGGAGGAACUGUGGAUUGUAGCAUAGGUAUACAAUUGGCAUUCUCUGGCACAGAUAAGCACCUUGCAGUUCUCAACUCUUGGUAUGAAGUGAAAAACCUUCGCCAAUAUUCACUGUAUGGCCUUUAUUCAAAUCUGAGAGAUUCCCUCACUAGCCAGUAUGAUAAGUUUUUCUAA